CAUGUUCCGUCAGAUCUUCCACUUAAUCCUCCUAGUCUACAUGGUUUCGGCUGCGCCUCCUGAUCUCCUCAAGAAGCUGCACGACUUCAACCAAAACUUUGCCGGUUCGCUCUUCCAUAACACGAAGAGCACGACCGGAACAACUCCUCCGACGAGUACCCAAAGGUCCACGUCUAAUAUAAAGGACUUCCUCGCGCACUUGGGUAAACCUGCAGAGGCUGCUGACAUCUCGAUUUCGAACACCACGAGCGCACCUGAGAAGGUCACCACGGAGGAGUCCAACGAAGAUGCGGCGAGUGCAUCAAAAAGCUCCGAGGAGAUCGACACCAUCAGCAAGUUCUUCGUGAAAACCACCGAAGCAGUUCGUUUGGAUCCGACAAUGAACUGCAUUACAGCUACCACGACCACCACCACGCCAAGGUAUCACGACGAAGACUUUCGCAUGAAGGAUGUCAAUUCAAAGCUGAAGGAACUCCUGGUGAUUCUCAGGCAGAUUUUCGGCGAGGACAUUUCGAAAACCGGCGGUGACGUGGGGGACGCCUUCAAGAACCACAUGGAGAUUUUGAGUGCUAAAAUCAAACGGUUGCACUCCCUUUCCCAUGACAUUGUAAAGAUGCUGCUCCACCAUUAA